AUGUUGCCAUGGUUGGAGCACCAGCGGUGCCGCCGUCGCCUGGUUUUGAUUUGGGUUGGUUGUCUGCUUUGGCUGUUGAUUUUCCAGUUGGGCCCACUGCACACUGUGGUAGCAACAACAGCAGGAGACUUGUCGUUUGGUCGACAAGUUUCCACACGGGUGACCGGCUUUGCCAGUUCCAAGCACACGACAUUUUUUGGAGCGCCGGUUCCAGCUUUCAAGAAUGAAGACACUCCAGACACAGACGUUCCACAACCAGAGCUUUUAGAGCCUUCUUGCCUCUAUGCGCAGCAUUCUCCCACGGAUGGAAAACUCUAUCUGCAAAAGAAUGGUACCAUUCUGCAAGUAUCUGCUGGUGAAGAGUCCUCGAAAAACUGGGACUGUCUUGCCUCUUCCAGCAGCUUCAAUGCGUCCAGCAGUUGGGUUCCAUUGGAAGGUUUGUUUGGAAUCUACACUAUUCCGUCUGGAACCAUCUGGGUGCUCAUUACAGGUUCAGAAACCGUCUAUGAAAUUCCAUCAUCCAAGCAACAACAACAACAACAACAACAACAGGAGGACGAUACCAGCUGGUUCAAAAUUCAACGUGUCACCGACUUGGAGCUGGUUCAUAUACCCUGUCGGGCGUUACCCGUCAACCAACUCAAGGAAGAACUACGACAAGUGCAGUUGCUUCGAAAGGCAUUGAAGCAGCAUAUUUUCUACUACACGCCUCAACCAUCUAUGGAACACUGUGAUGAUAACGAUAAACACGUUCCAGUCGUUCCUGACAUGACCAAGAACCUUCAAAGAUGCUUCCAAAGAAUACAAACCAAUAGGAGCGGCAAUCAACAAGACGAACCGUUGAAAACAGAGGAAGGAUUGGGGAACCAAACUCUGUCAGAUGCCGAAACGAGCAACAGCAAUGAAACCACCAAGAGCCAUAGCGACUCCUCUGCAUCCAUCGACAAGCAUGGGCACGAGCAGCAGCCGCAAGAGGAGGCUCCGUCGCAACCACCACCAAAGAAAACCAACCAGUGGUGGUGGGAAACAUUUGUCAGUUCCGACACGGCAAAACGCCAAGUAGAGGACAGUGUAGCAGAAGAUGAAGCUCUACAAGAAAACGAAACUACCGCCAGUAUCGCCGAAGAGGGGGAAACAGACGACAACAAAGAGAAACAAGAUUCUAGUGGUGUGUGGUGGGAAGAUACAGCCGACGAAAAGGACAAACCAGAUUCUCGUUUCUUUUGGAACGAAGCUGCAGUGGAACCACUGGUGCAGAGGUACAAGCAAGUUAUGCAAAGUAUUGAACAAGCCGACGAAGACGCCGACGCACUCCAGCAACAAGUGGAUGCGACAAGGAUGCUUCUGGACAACACUCUGCCUCUGACGUCGGCCUUUGUUGGGGGACAACAGCAAGUGAAGGUCGACGGGUCGUCGAAAUCUGGGCUGGUCUACGACGAGAUAUUAAUCAGUAGAAGAUCUCGGUUCAGGGCAGGCACCCGUUUCACUAAAAGAGGGGCAGAUGCAUCCGGAGCAGUCGCAAACUAUGCCGAGAGCGAACAAAUCUGCUUGGUGUACCACACGAAAAAGAAACGACAACAACUUGAACAUGUUUUCAGCCACGUACAAACACGGGGUUCUAUUCCUCUGCGGUGGUCCAGCCCUACGGACGUCAAAACUUACCGCCCACGUGUUAGAAUAGGGACAGAUCCCAUUGCUCAAACACGAGCCCUCUUGGCGCACAUCACGGAACAGUUGUCGCUCUAUUCUGCUUCUGACGAUAAAAAACAAGACUUUGGUGAGAAGAACUGCACGUCCACCAGCAGUGCUCGAUUGAUAUUUAUAAAUCUGAUUGACAAGAAGAGCGACCAGGGACGUCUAGGGCGGACGUUUGAUGCUGUGCUGAACGCCGUGCUAGAAGUCUAUGCGCCUCCCAACGCAACGCCCAACAUCUCCAGCAGCUCCGCUGAAAGUAUUGGGCAGUCCUAUGAUGGUUCAAAUAAUGAGGACGAGGCCUCACGACAAGUGAUAACCUUGGACCCGACUAGUAUACAACACGUUUGGUAUGAUUUCCAUGCCGAGGUAAAGAAUGGGCGGUGGGACCGUCUCGCCAAGUUGCUUAAGAAAACAAAGCCCGCUUUAGAGGACCAUGGCUAUUUCUCCGCCCAGGCUCCCACGAAAGACAACCCAGAGUGGACAAUCGAAAGUCUUCAAAACGGUGUUGUUCGGACAAAUUGCAUGGAUUGCCUCGACCGCACAAACGUUGUCCAAAGUCUAUUUGCAAGAGCGAUGCUCUUUCACCAGCUGCAACAACUCACACAGAAGAACAACGAGACAGCCACACACAAGCACAACGGCCUCCCCACCGGUGCUGUUUCUGCUUUUAAGAAAUCCAACUUUCUUGCGUUACCCUGGGAAAAUGGAGAAGUCUCCCAUCGACUUUUGUGGGCAGAGAAUGCAGACGCAAUUUCCCGCCUCUAUGCCGGGACACCCGCCCUCAAACGCGACUUCACGCGCACUGGCAAGCGAACGAAAUUGGGUGCCUUGGACGAUGGAAUGAACUCGCUGCAACGAUACUAUCUCAACAACUUUAUGGAUUCGGAUCGGCAAGAAGGAACGGACUUGUUGGUCGGGUAUUCCCCGUUUUCGAAUCUUGGAGGGAGUGCUGACAGCGACGAUGGCGGUGCUAGCUCGAUUGCAUCCUCGGAAGCAGGAGACCUUUCGGGAAUGAGUUUGCAGGAGGCAGCACGACAGUUGCUUUUGGGUGAAUAUGAUUCAUCAAACCAAGCUGACGACGAAAGUAGCUUUGCGCUAAUCAAGGGGUCCACCAAUCAUGAUCGUGUCUUUCCACUCGAUCAAGUCUCUGGAGGCGCAUCGUCGUCGCGCCUUUCCGUGCAACCACGCAGUCGUGUUCGCCCCUUGGAUCUCCGUUGGCUUCCCGGAGACUUGCAAGAUCACAUGCGGAGCCGUGCCCUGUCGUCGACCAGUGGAGAAGCAGCUGGAUACAGUUCUUCGGCCGCGUUGGCCGCUAUUGAUCGGAGAGCUGCCUCGGGUGACCCUUGGUGGCUGGUGCCGGAUUCCACGGACGAUGAAGAAAAGGCAAAGGAAGAAGAAGGUUCAAGCCUACAAGAUAUAAGACGAGAACCUGGAACCAUUUCAAUCCACGCCGGUUACGUUCUGAGUGCUCUGCUGAUCACCACGAGGGCCCCCGCAUCGGUGGCGGCGAUUGUCGUCUUGCUGAUGUGCACAGCAUUCCUCCCCAACGAGCCGAACGAGGAUUUAUCGUGAAAGCGGCUCUCCUUGGGAUGAAUGCACACUUGCUUGUGCUGUGGGAGGAGGGCAAUCACGUGUUGUGAAAUGGGUGAAUGAAAAUGGUUGUCCAUGGAAUGAAAUUGCAUGCUCACCUCUGCAGAAAGUGGACACUUGGACGUGAUAGAAAUGGCUGUCUAUGGGACUCAUUGACGUGUGCCUGCCCUGCCCUUUAUGGAGAUUUCGGAAUUCUCAAAUAUCUUCUUGCAAAUGUCUGCCUGUCCAUGGGAUGAUUGGACCUGCAAUUUUGCUGCUCAAGGUAGUGAAAUGGGCUCGACAGAAUGGAUGUCCGCACUGGGAAAAAUACAUUUGUACUCAGACAUUCGAACAUUCUGCAAUGGGCCCGUGGCAAUGGCAGUCCUUGGGAUGCAAAUACAUUUUGUAGUCCCAGAGUUUGGAAUGGUGUCUUGCAAACAGUUCUCCCCAAGAACGUGGCAAUGUCCUGGAGUUUUUGAGUUCUAAGUUUGCUGGUGUUGGCUUGAGAUUGGCUGACAUUGGCAUCUGCACGUAGCCCGUUGCUCACUUAGUUUGCAGUAUGGCCCUUGGCAGAGAAAGGAAAGUUAUCCCCUGUUAAUGUAAUGAUUCAAU